CAAAAGAUUCGUUAGUAAACGCUCAAGAGAAACAAAGUGAUCAAGCUAACAAAAAGCGACGUUAUCUAGAAUUAAAUAAAGGAGAUUUAGUAUUAUUGAAUUUGACAAAUAUAAUUCCACAAAAAAGUACAAAAAGGGCAUCAAAGAAACUUAUCGCAAAAUUCAUAGGACCCUUCAAAAUCGGUCAAAAAAUUUUAGCAGUAAUAUAUCGAUUAAAACUCCCGGAAACACUACGUAUUCACCUAGUUUUUCAUGUAUCUUUAUUAAAACCUUACUACCCUAGUGAGUUUAGAGAUGAAGUAAGAAAAAAACCUCCAGAAAUUGCAACCGAAGGUCCAGAAGAACACGAAGUCAAAGCUAUACUAGACAAGAGAACAUACUACCGUCGCCUACAGUACUUAGUAAAAUGGAAAGGACAUCCACUAUAUGAUGCUACUUGA